AUGAAUCUCUUACAAAGACUUCAACUUGCCGAUUGGAGAUUGGAGUUAUUUACGGCGUUCACAUGUGUGAUAUUCUUUUUUUUGUACAAAUUUGGAGACCUGUAUAACACCAAGAAGGUGUCGACUUUUCUCCAAGGUGUGCUGGGGGUCUUUGAAGAGAACUUUCACCUUUUUGGCGUUGGAAAUGGCAAGUUGUUUGAAAAGGACAGUUCAGAGAAUUUUGCCUCCUACGCCUCGGGCCGUGAAAACAUUUCGAGAGUGAAUUUGGUAUUCCGCUUAGCUCCCAGACAGAACUUUUUUAUUUGGGUCAUGGAGCUGAUUUUCUCGUUCUUUACAGAAUCUGUAUCCACUCCAGAAGACAAGGUUGAUAUUGUGAUAUCCCCCUCAGCUGACUAUGAGAACUUCAUCUCGGCUAUCGUCUCAAAGUUGGGCAUGAACGAGUACAGAAGACUGAACUAUUACUUAUCUUUGACCAAGACUUCUGAUUCAGCUUCCUUACCCGAAUCAUUUGUUUUCAUGAGCGAGGCUAACGAUUUCCAAGAAAAAACUUUCACUGAGAGACUUGCUAAGUCAUUGAACCUUUCCAUGGCUUCAUACUUGAGAUAUCUUGCCUUCACUGACCAGCCGAUUGACAGACCUCAAGUGAUUCGUGACUUGAUCCCUCAACGUAGAAUUGUUCUUUCUGUCAAAUUGGUCUCAGGAAAGCAACAAUUAGCCGAAAUUUCCGAGGUUCUUGCUGCAGUUUUCGAGAUUAUUGACAAAAUUUCAUCUGGUGAGAUCACCUUCAGAGCCGAGUCCUCUAAGAAGGUAGUUAAGACGAGAGACGCUGAGGUAGCCAAGAUCAUUAAGGCGGAGGAGGCUAUGAAACAAGAUGAUUUGGCUGAAGAGAAGGCUAGAUUGAAGAGAGAGGAAAAAGAGCGCUUUAGAAGAAUGUCGAGAGAGGAGCAGGAAAGGGCUGAAAAAAAGGCAAAUGAGAAGAAGCAAAGAAAGUUGCAGAAAAAGAUGAAGGUAAGAAGCUGA